GUGUUACGAGCAAGCCUGAGCAGUCGUACAAGUGCUGCAGCUGUUCCCGACAGUUUGCUGACCUCGGCGCUCUGAGUCGGCACACCAAGUACGCUCACCCCGACAUGAGUGGACGGAAGUGGAAAUGUGAGCUGUGUGAGAGAGCCUUCACCUCAUCCAGCAAACUGCAGGUGCAUAUAAUGGUGCAUACCAAAGUGAAACCUCACAAAUGUAACUUCUGUGAGAAAACCUUCACAGACCCCAGCAACUUGAGAACACAUCUCACCAUACACACAGGUGUGAAGAAGCACGCCUGCUCCGUCUGCAACAAGACGUUCCGUCAGAAGGCCCACCUGCUGUCCCACAUGGUCACGCACACCGGCGAGAAGAAGAUGAAGUGUCAGUUCUGUGACAAGAUGUUCUCCCGCCAGUCAGACGUCAAGCAGCACAUGUACAUGCACACGCGCGACCGCGAGGUCAAGUGCGACACCUGCGGGAAGGUGUUCUGGCGUCUUCAGCACCUUAAGAAGCACAUGAAGUCCCACACCGGAGAGCGGAACUUUCCCUGCGAGCGCUGCAGCAAGGCGUUCUUUACUAAGUACCAUCUAAACAGGCACAAGAAGGCCUGUAAGGGACGGGGCACGCCACAAAGUGAUACGGAUGUCGUGCGCGUCGUAAUUUCCGAGAUGCCCCCUGAUAAUGGGGGACCGUCUCAAAACGUUGACGUCACGCGCGGUAAAGCCUCCAAAAAACAGCAGAGAAGGCAGAACACCAAAACGCGUUCAUCUGCGCUGCAGUUUCCAACAGAACUGAUUGGGGGCGAUGAAAGAAGUAGUCUACUUGAUCAACAAACAGUUCAAAUAGUAGAUAGUAAUGACUUGAUAUGCAAUGGCAACAACAACGGGGGUAUAGUUAUGCCUGUGCCCAUUGUGCCUAAUAUUGUCAACACAACUGGAGGUCUGAUGCCACAGGUCAUCAUUCAGGGUCAACAGGUCACGCCCGUGUCAGAGGUCGAAGUUCAUCAACAGAGAUAACAAUUUGAUACUGAUAGCUUGAUAGAAAAUUUUACUUGAUUUUAUUUUCGUGCC